CUAGUAGCACAUACAAACAUUCAGAGGCAACGACAGCCUGAAUAGCCCAACCUGUUGCUGUACUGUGGACAAAAAUAAAGACACUGUAGUUUGUGCAACGAUGCUUCUCAUGACAUGUGUGGUCGGUAUUUUAUUGUCUGACUUCAGCAUUGCAAAAGAAUGGUGCUACUUUGGCUGUGAAAACUCUCUCCCACAUUGGGGUAAAAUCUAUCCCAAAUGUAAUGGGCGCAAACAGUCUCCAAUCAACAUUGACACUCAGAAAGUCAUUAAAAACCAAGAUCUAGGAUCUUUUGACCUGAUUAACUUCACCCGUCCACACACCAUGAAGACGCUGAAGAAUAACGGGCACACAGUUGAAUGUGAGCUGAAGGCAGGAGCAGUGGGAAUUCGAGGAGGAGGUCUAAAGCACAAAUACACCGUCCUGCAGUUCCACUUCCACUGGGGUGGAAAGGACCUAAUGUGCCAUCCGGGAUCCGAGCACACCCUGAACGGACACAGAUCGCCUCUAGAGAUGCACAUUGUAAGCCGGAGAAGUGAUCUUACUGACAGCACCGCAGCAAAAGUUCAAGACGGCUUUGCUGUGAUGGGCUUUUUUAUUGAGGGCAAUGUAAAGGAAAAAGGAAUGGAGACGUCACAUGUCUGGGAAAGCUUCACCAACUAUCUCCAAAAAAUACCAAAAAAGGGAGACGAAGUCAACAUUACGGAGUCCUUUUCUAUGCAUCAGCUCUUAAAGGGGGUUGAUCUCAGCAAGUACUACCGCUACAAUGGCUCACUGACCACUCCUCCCUGUGAUGAAGCUGUGGUUUGGAGCAUCUUCAAGGAUCCAAUUAGGCUGCUCAGAUUCCCCACAAAAAUUGGUUUCGACAACGUGUAUCGGCCGCGGCAGCCUCUGAACAAUCGUGUGAUCUUUUCUUCUGCUUUCGCCACAGGUCAUGCAGGAGCAGCUGAGCAGUCAACCAUUCAGGAGCUCGUGAAUCAAGUCGAAGAGAUGAUUGUCUUGCUCGCAACCUGCCUCGCUGCUCUUCUGUGUCCCACCGUCCACAGUGCGGACUCUUCAGUGGCAUGGUGCUAUCACAAACCAACAUGCAAUUAUGCCACCUGGCCCAAGAUUGCCCCACAUGACUGCAGUGGAUCCAAGCAAUCUCCCAUUAAUAUUGUGACUGCAAAUGUUCAGCGCAAUCCUAACCUGACCCCGUUUAACUUCACCGGUUUUAAUGACAACUCCACCUUCCUGUCAAUUGUAAACUCGGGCGACUCCGUGGUGGUCAACCUGGAUGAUGAGAUGUUGGCAGUGCAAGGAGGUGGUCUUCCAGCUUUAUACAACCCUAAACAAUUCCAUCUCCACUGGGGUAAUGGCACCACAUCGCCUGGCUCCGAACACACCGUGGAUGGCAAACAGUACCCGAUGGAGCUGCACAUUGUAAAUGUCCAUUCAAAAUACAACGGGAGUGUGUCAGCUGCUGUAGCUGCCGGUGACAGCCAAGGAUUGGCUGUUCUUGGUUUCUUCGUUGAGGGAACCAGUGAAGCAAACAAAACAAAAAGCUGGGAUAUCCUAACAUCCUAUUUGGCAAACAUCCGCAAUUCAGGUGAUACAACCGUAGACAUCAUGAAUCAAAUCACACUGGACAGUCUGCUGGAAGGUGUUGACAGGACUAAAUAUUACCGAUACCAAGGCUCCCUAACUACACCCAGCUGUAAUGAAGUUGUGAUUUGGACUGUGUUCAAGGAGCCCAUCAAAGUCAGUCAUGAAUUUAUCAAGCGCUUCAGCACAACAGUCCUUUUCAAAGACACAAGCGCUUCAGUUCUGAACACAAACAACUUCAGAGGAGUUCAGCCCUUGAAUGGCAGAGUUGUGACGUCACAGGUCUCAGGGGGAUCCAUAGCACCUUCAUCAUCCUUUUUAUCUGUUAUCACAGUACUACUUUUGUCCAGUCUGUCCUGGCUGAUGAAUGUUUGGUUUAUGACCUGCCUUGCAGCUUUUCUGUUCCCUGCGUCACAUGGUGCACCAACAUCUGUAGCUUGGUGUUAUCACAUGCCAUCAUGCAGUGAUGUCACUUGGCCCAUAAUCGCAGAAAAAGACUGUAAUGGCACUCAACAGUCUCCAAUAGACAUCAUAACUGCCAAUGUCCAGGCCAAUGCUAAUCUGACCCCUUUCAACUUCACUGGCUAUGAUGAUAACACAACCUUAACUGAGAUUAAAAACACUGGCAAGACAAUUAAAGUUACACUUGAUCACAAGAAAAUGCACGUGGAAGGAGGUGAUCUGCCAUGCUGCUUUGCCAGUACGCAAUUUCAUCUUCACUGGGGUAAUGGGAGUUUCAUGCCUGGAUCUGAACACACUGUGGAUGGCAAACAAUACCCUAUGGAGCUGCACAUAGUGAAUAAGGCUGCACAUAAUGGCUCAACUAUACUGGCUGCUCUUGGUUUUUUCAUUGAGGCCACUUAUGACACUGGAAAACCAGACAGCUGGAAGACCUUAACAUCUUACCUGUCUACAAUCACCAAUGCAGGUGAUAAAGCAUGCAUCACUCAGUAUAUCUCUAUGGAUGACCUUCUUACUGGAGUGGACAGGACUAAAUAUUACCGCUAUCUUGGCUCUUUGACCACACCAAGCUGCAAUGAAGGUGUGAUUUGGACCGUCUUCAAAGACCCCAUCAAAGUCAGCUGGGAUUUGAUCAACCUGUUCAGUACAAGUGUUUACAUCAACAAGGCAAACAACUCCCCUCUAAUGGUGGACACAUUCAGGGGUGUUCAGCCGGUCAAUGGCAGGAUCGUGAUGUCUCAGGUGGCCGGUAUUGGAGAGACUGGUUCGGUUUCCCAAACAGCGUCUAACUUGGAUAUUCUAGACCUCUCUUCUGACUGUCAAACCACUGAACCUUAUCCUGCUUUUGAUUUAGAAAGCGCAUACUGGUAGGAUUUGACUGGAAGGGCUGAUAAUGUUGUGGAAUGAGUUAAAUGUUAAAAAAUAUAAAUGAAUGUAAAGUACAAGUAAUUUUACUAGGUUGUGAAAACCUUUUUCUUUAAGAAUUCUACUUGUUUCAGAUAUUUAUCAGUUAAUGUCCCAUGCAAAACUUGAAAGAAAUGGUUAAUAGUAUCCAUACUUGCAUUCAACACUUUUACGAAGUUAUUACUUUAUACAAAAGCUCACUGUUUUACGGGUAUGUUUAAGCUAAUUUUUAAAUUAAAAAUUAAAAAAAAUAUAUAUUUAUUGUAUGGUGGGGUGUUUUUGAAACUUGUGCACUUGAGUUGGACUCUACAAUUAAUACUGUCAGUUUCACACUUUAGGAUGUAAUGAAGCUUUUAGAUCUGUACUGUAGUUCCUUAGAGGUAUUGAGUCAUCAUCUGAGUGUAGACAGGAAUUGAAGCUGAGUUGCAGUGUUGUUAGUUUGUCAUUGUUAGUUUGAGUAAUUUGAAGAGCAAAGAUUUUUAAAGAGUCUUUCAGUGAUUUUAACAGAUGUAACUGGUGCUUGUUUUGACUGUCAUUCAGUAGCGCAUGUCGGUAGUUGGGGUUUGUGUGUGUGUGUUUGUUUUUCCUUCUCUCCCAUAGGAAUCGCAGGUCUUCAGUAUUACUCUGGUUAAGCCUUAAUAUGUACAGUAUAUACACAAGGGGAUUGGUUUCUCUAAAUGGUAAAAUGGUAAUUUAAGUGCUAACUUAUGUAUUUUCUCUUUGCUCCAACAUGUGACUGUUUGUUUUGUCAAAACGCUUGUGCCUUCUGGUUGAUACCUGAUUCAAUGAAUCCAGAAAUAUUUGUUUUAGCCAUUAUUUUAAUAUAUGUAUAUUAUACAAAAAAUAAAGCCAUAUUCUUAGUCAA